ACAUUGACAGCAAGUCAACUUCAUGGUAUCAUGUUUGUUUGAUGCGCUUUCAAACAUUUAUUAUUUACACUUCUAAUAAUUCUAAGCAUAAUUUAUAGGAAAUAUAAGUUUAAUUAAGCCAAUUAUUAAAUUCUUUAUCAUGGAUGACGAUGCGGAAACCUAUAAGCUUUGGCGAAUCCGUAAAACAGUUAUGCAGUUGUGCCAUGACCGUGGGUACUUAGUAACACAGGACGAAUUGGACCAAACAUUGGAACAAUUCAAGGAGCAGUUUGGUGACAAGCCCAGUGAAAAACGCCCAGCAAGAAGUGAUUUAAUUGUACUGGUAGCUCACAAUGAUGACCCUACAGAUCAGAUGUUUGUUUUCUUCCCGGAUGAACCUAAGAUUGGUAUUAAGACCAUCAAAACAUAUUGUACUAGGAUGCAAGAAGAAAAUAUACAUAGAGCUAUAGUUGUGGUACAAGCAGGUAUGACCCCAUCAGCAAAGCAGUCGCUAGUGGACAUGGCUCCAAAGUACAUCCUUGAACAGUUCUUGGAAUCAGAACUGCUGAUCAAUAUCACUGAACAUGAGUUGGUGCCUGAACACAUUGUGCUGACUCCUGAUGAGAAGUCUGAAUUAUUGACUAGAUAUAAAUUGAAGGAAAACAUGUUGAUGAGAAUACAGGCUGGUGAUCCCGUGGCUAGAUAUUUUGGACUCAAGAGAGGACAGGUGGUGAAGAUCAUUCGUUCAUCGGAGACAGCUGGAAGAUACAUUUCAUAUAGAUUAGUAUGUUAAAUUAGGAUAAUUAUGUUAAUAAAAAUAUUUUUAAUACCGGUA